AUGGGUAUCAAGUUGAAUAGACCAGUCAUUAUUGAGAUUUUGUUUCUUGUUUUUAUACGUUUGGCCUUGUCUAGUAUUUCCACCACUUCAGAUGAACCACCCGCAAAUUUUGUCUUUGGAGAUUCUCUUGUCGAUGUGGGGAACAACAAUUACCUUGUUUCCCUCUCAAAGGCCAAUUUUCCACCCUUUGGUAUUGAUUUUGGAAGACCAACAGGAAGGUUCACUAAUGGAAGAACCAUUGUUGACAUUAUUGGUGAGGAACUAGCUAAUGGUUUUUCUUUUACUCCUCCUUACUUGGCACCUACUUCACUUGGUCCAGUGGUUUUGAAGGGUGUGAACUAUGCUUCUGGUGGAGGUGGAAUCCUCAACUUCACUGGAAAAAUCUUUGGUGGUCGAAUCAACUUUGAUGCACAGUUAGAUAACUUUGCUAAUACCAGGCAAGAUAUAAUCUCCAACAUUGGUGUUCCUGCGGCUCUCAAUCUAUUCAAAAGGUCAAUCUUUUCAGUGACAAUAGGUUCGAACGAUUUCAUUAAUAACUAUUUAGCACCACCAGUCUCAAUUUACGAGCAGAAAUUUGGAUCUCCGGAACUCUUUGUGGACACCUUAAUUUCAAGGUUCAGAGAACAGCUCACUAGGCUUUUCAAUCUCGGAGCAAGGAAAAUUAUUGUGACAAAUGUGGGGCCUAUUGGGUGUAUACCAAGUCAGAGGGAUACGAACCUAGCUGUUGGUGAUAGCUGUGUCGCUUUCCCAAAUCAGCUAGCACAGUUAUAUAACAUUAAGUUGAAGGGCCUUAUAGCAGAGCUAAGCUCAAAUCUGAAGGGUUCAAUGUUUGUUUAUGCAGAUGUUUACCACAUUUUAGAUGAUAUACUCAACAAUUACACAGCUUAUGGUUUUGAGAACCCAUAUUCCUCUUGUUGUUGCUUGGCUGGGCGCUUUGGAGGUUUGAUUCCUUGUGGUCCAACAUCAAAAGUUUGUUGGGAUAGAUCAAAAUAUGUGUUUUGGGAUCCUUGGCAUCCUACUGAGGCAUCAAAUGUUAUCAUUGCUAAGCGACUGUUAGAUGGUGAUCAUAAUGACAUUUUUCCAAUGAAUGUUCGCCAACUCUUUAAUUAUUUGACCUGA